AGGAGAGUUCUGACGUCAAGGAACUAAAAGAACAGAUUGCCGGUCUUAAGGCAGCCUUAGCAAGGAAGGAAGAAGAGCAAGGGCGCCGCCCAAUUUCCAGAUCAAGUACUCCAGAAAGAGUCAGAACAGGAUCUUGCGGAUCUUCUCUUUCUUCUAGUUGCCAGAGUAUGGUAGACCUUUCAAGCCAUCAUAGACAGCUGAUGGAAGAUGUUGGUAGUAACAUAGAGGUUAAGAAGAAGUCUGCGUCAAAGAUGAGAAGGCGAAGCUUAGAUCCCAAAGACUUUCAGAUGAAUUCUCCUCCCUGGCCACCAGUCAAUAGCCCUGCAUCAAGGGAAGACGACAAAGAAUCAGUCUCUGGUGAUUGGGUUGACAAAAUUAUGGUGAACAAGCAAGAUGGUCUGAGUAGAAGUAGUUCCUUAAGAGGAUGGGAAGACGAAACUAGGCAUUCAUCUGACCUAUUAUAUACGAAAUGCUCCUCUGACGGUUCAAAGGUGUAUCCUGAACAACCUAUAAACAAAGUUGCAGCAAAUAAAAAGGACAGCCAAGACUACGAGGCAAGUAGGAUUCAGUCUGAAGCAGGUUCCAUGGAUGAUUUGGAUGACGUGGAAACUGCAACAAGUGACUCUUCUGAGCUCGAAUUCCCUUGGCAACCAAAUCUUCAGAAAGUUAGUCAGACUCCCAAUGGACUGGGAUCAAAACUCAAAAAACCUAGUCCUAAGCAAGUGAAGAAGCCAGAAAUAAGGAGCUUGAUUCCCCCACCACCAACUAGGAGACUUUCUAAUGGGAUGGUUUCACCAUCUGCAAAAACAGGAAGAGCAGCUGCUUUAGAAGGAAAGCGAAAAACAGUGAGUGGCAAGUGAUAAAUGUUCUUACUUAGCUGAGUUUGAUGCUUAAGCAACCAAAGAUGUGCAUUUGUGUAUCCUUUUUCUUUCUUUUUUUUCUUGUCAAUCUUUUCACUCUGCAUUCUUUAGAGUGAAAGAGAGCGAGCGUGUGGCAAUAGCUUCAGUUGCCAGCUUUUCCUCCAGCGGUGAUCUUGAAAUUGUUUUUGGUGUCCCACUGAUGAGUUUCCAGUUGUUCAUAUGGUUGUUGGCUUGUCCUUCAUUUUUUUCCAUUCUUUUGGGAUGCAGAAUGUAAGAAAAUGCAGAAAAUGAGAAAAAGAAAUAAUAGAAUUAUAGAUACCAAUUACUUCUUUUAAUGUGUCAAUGGACUUGGAGUCGAGUAAUUUCAAGGGCAAAGAUCACUUUUAGCCCGUGUCCGAAACUAUUUAUAUCUGGUAGCCACAAAAAUGUAUUAAACUUGUAUAUUACACACACAUAUAUAUAUAUUAUUUUUUA